ACAAAAUAAUCCCAGUGCAUCCCACUCCACCACAAGUCGCGAGAGUUCACCCACGCAGGCAGCACGCAUGUGCGAGCCAGGAGCUUCGAGUGGCGGACUAUCGAUUUUUCCACCACAGUCCAAACGCACAAAGAGCUCUGCUCAACCCUCCUUGUAGAUACCCAUCGCAGGACAAAGGCAGAGCACAGGCCAGCAGCUCUCUCCAGGAAUUUUCGCCAGGACUAAGGGAAUUUGUGACAGAAACCAAAGAAAAAUGCAUGCAAGAUUCGCGGAUCCCGAGCCUGCGUCCCCGGACAGUCCGGACAGGAUUGAUACGGAAUCGCUGGAGACGAGGAUCGAGGCUUUCAAGCAGAAUCCCCAGAAUAUGGCAGCUCUGCGGGAAGUGCUCGACGACGUGGUCCAGCGGGCCGAGUCGGAGGCCAACAGGCGAGCCGUUGAGAGCCAGAAAUCGCAACAGGGCAAGGAGAAGCGCCAGAGUUUCGCCAUACCAGAUUUUAAGAACGGCAAGGUGGUGAACCGAGCCCGCGGCUUUGUGGUGCGCAUCUUCGAUGCCAUCUGCAACUGUGCCAACAACAAUGCUGCGGCGGCCACGACGCGUUUCAAGCUGCGGAGCAACAGUGGCGGCGGCGGCGGCGGAGGAGGAGCUGGCGGCAACACUAGCAAGCGUCAGCAAUCCCAGGACGAGCCGGAGACCCUGGCCCUGACCAAGAAGAAGCCGGCCGGAGAGGGCAAGAAGAAGAAGGGCGUCAGCAUGGCCGACGACGUGCAGGCCGGCGUGCGACUUGUGGACUAAGAAAGCAAUAAAGGACCUCGGUGGAUCCUCCAAAGGGAAAAAAUAAUCAAAACCCAUCUACAAGCCCUCUACGAUCACAGCUUUUGCAUCCGCAUUCUGUCAUCCACGAAGUCUACUUGGAUCUCUGGACCCCUUCCUUGCUCAAACUAAAGCACAAAAUCUACUCCAUGAUGUCUUCCCCUGAAGACCCAAAAUAUUUGUAUAAGAAACAUAAAGUCCUAGAAAC